AUGUUACAGCGCGCCAGACUCUGGCCUCCAAUCUUCACUUCUCGUUGCGCUCCCUUUCCAUUUUCGCGCUCCAUCUCAAUUCCAUAUCGCAGAAUGGCGGGCGUUCCCAGCACAUAUGACGCACCAGUGCACAUUGCCGUGAUUGGCGGCACGGGCAUCUCUUCGCUGCCUGGUUUCGAGCUGGCGGCGACGCUCGACGUUGACACGCCGUGGGGCAAGCCGUCGUCGCCCAUCAGCAUCCUGCAGCACAACUCCCCCACCACCGGCAAGCCCGUCCCCGUCGCCUUCCUCUCGCGACACGGUCUCCACCACGAACAUGCCCCGCACGAGGUCAAGAAUCAGGCCAACAUCGCGGCGCUGCGACACAUUGGCGUGCGCACCAUCAUCGCCUUCUCCGCCGUCGGCUCGCUGCAGGAAGAAGUCCGCCCACGCGACUUCGUCGUCCCCGACCAGAUCAUCGACCGCACAAAGGGCAUCCGGCCCUUCACCUUCUUCGAGAAGGGCAUGGUGGGACACGUGGGCUUCGGAGACCCGUUCGACAAGUCACUGGCCGAGAUCGUGAGGAAGUGCGGACACAGCCUCGAGGGCGAGGGCGUCAGGCUGCACGACAAGGGCUUGUUGAUCUGUAUGGAGGGACCACAGUUCAGCACGCGCGCCGAGUCGAACCUCUACCGCACAUGGGGUGGCAGCGUCAUCAACAUGAGCGCGCUGCCCGAGGCCAAGCUGGCACGAGAGGCAGAGAUCUCAUACCAGAUGAUCUGCAUGGCAACCGACUACGACUGCUGGAGGGGUGACGGUUCCGAGGACGUCAACGUCGAGAUGGUCAUGGCGCACAUGAAGGCCAAUGCUGAGAACGCCAGGCGGUUUGUCGGCGCUGUCUUGAACGAGCUCACCAAGGAGGAGCACGGAGAGCUGGUCCUGGCAAAGCACAUCGAAGGCCAAAUGCGAUUUGCUGGCGCCAUGACCAAGAAGGAAGGCCGUGGACAAGACGCGGAGAAGAAGCUGCAAUGGCUGUUCCCCGGCUAUUUCGAUUGAGCUGCAUCGGUAUCGACGUGAAAUAGCAAGCUCAACGCCACGACAUGAUGUAGAACACACAGCGAUAGGCUGUGUCCCCCAAUUACAUGCACUUUUGCGGCCGGG